AUGCCUGCAAAGAAGACCGGGCGCGGAGCGAAUCUGAGCCUACUCAACAAGGAGCACCCGAAGGACAAAAAGGGCGACGACGACAUCGGCGACCUCGAAUCCGUCGACAAGCCGGACGACUCGUCGAGCUCGGGCGAGUCCACCAGCGGCGAGGCGCUGCCGCUGGACGACUCUUACGACACCCACUCCGAUCAUUUGCCGCCAAGUCAUGUCGUUGCUCAGGUCCACUCUCGUUUCGAGCACUUGUACCUCCACAGAUGGUGUUGGCGCUGGGGUCCCCUUCGUUCGUUCGGGUGCAUGCAUCGAUCGUGA